AUGAAUCCACGUCCGGAUAACGCGCUGGAGCCUGGCGCUCUUCACGCGGCGCUCGGUUCGCUUUCUCUCUCAGAUGGCAACACUGUCGCCACCUCUGCCUUUGCCUCCGCCUCCGCCUCCACGCUGCAGCCAUCACCGCCAACUCUCUGUGAUCAAGUGCUUGAACUGCGGGAGAUUACGCAAGACGUCGCUAUGGACGAAGUGCGUCUCAUGCCAGAUGACGACCCUAUGAUGUUCAGCAUUUGUCCAAAGUCGUGGUGGGAGAUGAUACAAGACGGCAAAUUGGAGCAGUGCAUAGCACGGCAAUUAUUUCGAGUCUCCUACGAUAGCUCGCGCCGUCUUGUUACCAUUAUGCCUCCUCUGAGCGCAAGACACCAGUCCUUUGUUUUUCUCCUCAUGGAACUGGCGUACAAGACCGAACUUUCUAUCCCCCCUGCUCUCGCGUGUUCGAUGCGGAUGGACACUGGCUCAGCUGUUUGGACAGUCACAGAAGGGAACGAGUCUUCGUUAAAAGUACCCGACUUACUUAUCCGAUGGGCAAAGAAUAUCAACGAUGUCAGAGCUCACACGAUUGUCGAAAUGAGCGAAUCUCUUGAGGAUCACCAAUAUCUCGCCCCGUUCUAUUUGAACGGCAACGCUGAUAUCCAACGCGUUAUCCUCAUCAAUAUGGUCGAAACACCAAGAUUCGAACCUCCAGAGUCUGUCGAUAUCUAUCAGGAGUUUCGAAGAGACGAGAAAACAGGUGUCAUUUGGUUCGGAAACGUCAAGGUAGUUGGGGAGACGAAGAUGUCAUGGGAGGUGUGGGAAAGAGAUAUUGCUGGUGUUCCGCAGCCGACCUUUCAGGAGGCUUUCGCGUUCGGCGAGACACCGUCAAGAAACCUCCCUUUCUUGACCAUCCGUGAAGGUGUUUAUGGAGACGCGGCGACGAUGGCUUUGGGCGGGGUGGAUAGUUCUGUCACGCCACAGAUGAUCAAGAACUUCUGGACGGAGCAUUGGCCUUGUUCUAGUUGGACGGAUGCUAGGUCACGGAUGUUGCCGCUGCUCGGUGAUUACAGACUGGAGAGGGUUGAGAAGAAUUUCCUGCCAACACUCAAGACAUCACCGAGCGGACUCGAGCCGAGUGUGUUUCACCAUACAAGCGAGUGGCGGACGUGGUAG